AUGCAGCAGACCCACCUGUCUUGGGCGCCGCGCACGCAGCGGAUCAAGCUCAAGCGUGCCGAGUUUCCCGCGCUGCCGGUGUGGUAUGAGGGCCCGCUGCCGUACGCGAACAUGCAAGCGCGGCUGUAUUUAUACGCGUAUAUGGUGCAUCUCGAUCACGUCGAGGCGCUUACGUGGCCCCUGCCGCGAUUGGACGCGCUGCACACAUGGGACGAGGCCCUGGCGUACGAGCUGCUGUGCCGCCUGAUGCUCCCGCUCGCCCAUCUUGCAUCGCUCGAGCAUGGCCAGCCGACGAGUCGCACGCACGACACCAUCCAGGCGCUGCGCACGUUUGCGUCCCCCGCGGCGCAUACGCCCUGGGCGCGGGCGCGCGCCUUGGCCGAUACGUUUGCUGAGCCCACGAUCCUGGAGGACGUCGCCGUCGACACGUCCGUAUGGGGCUCUAAGCGUGCGACGUACGUGCCCGACUCGCCGGUGGGCCCGCGACGCACGCGCAGCACGGCACGCCUCGAGGCUGCGCUGCAGCAGACGAUCGACGAAGACGAGGAACAGGUCGGCGUACGACGCUCGAGACGCGCUGGCGAUCGCGCUGCUCGUCAGCGCCGCGCCGAGAUGGAAGAGCGCGCACAGCGCGUGCUCGGCACGCGCGAACGCCUCACGGACGAUGCGCCGCCCAUGUCCCUCGAAAGCAAAAUCGCCUGCCUCGUCGACUUGUGCGACGCCCUGAGCUAUGCGCGCCCACCGCAUGAAAGUCCCCUGCACCGCCUCGUCCAGCCGCUGCUCGAGCCUGCCGCGGACGCCGAGCGCCGCGCGCGGCAGCGCGUCACGGACGUCGAGGCGGAAUGCGAGCAGGUGAUGCGCACGCACAAAAAACGCGCACCGAGCAUGUCGUCGCCUAAAUACGCGCGCUGGAAGAGCGAACGAGAGGAGCUGGCCGAGACACACACGCACUGGCAGCUCGAGGCGCGUGCGCAGGCGUAUCUCGCUCAGCGCCGCGCCGGCUUCCGCUCGGGCCCCCUGGGACGCGACGCCGAAGGCAGGACGUUCUGGCACCUACUCCCGGCCUGUGAGCCGCAGGCAGCUCUCGGCGCGAGUGGUGGUCGCUUUGGCCUGCUCCCGCAUUCGUCCGGACACUGGUCGCAUGCCCUGCUGGUGUACGACCACGCAUGGCUCGCUGCGACGCACCCCGACCAAGUCUCAGCGAUCCUCGCGUACGUCACGCGUAAGCAGAGUGCUAGUGAUGCGCUACGUAUGCAACUGGAGGGCGUACGUGACUAUCUCGCAUGGAUUCACGCUACUGCUCCGGCUUGUUCGCCGGGAACGCCAGCACCUCCUUGA